GUGAGAGCGGCCCCGUGGCCGGGCCCUGCCCGGGGCCCAUCUGCCCGCUCCCCCCGCCCGGUUGCGGGGAAGCCCCCGCGCCACGUCUGGCUUGGGGGGGCACUUCAUCUCCUCGGGCUGGGGUCACGGGGGGCUCCGGCUGUUCCCCCGCUGGUGUGGGGGGGUCUCGGCCCUCUCGCUGCCCCUUCUCAAGCCGAGGCCCGGGGGGGCUCCCGUCUUCCUUCCCUGGUCCUCGGGCCCAGCCGUGAGGUUUCAGGAGGAUUGUUUCCUGCCCCCGAGGCUUUGGGUGCCGCUAGUUCAGUGGCGAGCCAGGCUGGUGGCGUUGAAGCCUUCGUGGUGUGAGGACGCUGGCAAGGCAAGCUUGCAAUUGCAGCUAAACAUCCCACCAGGCCUAUGGAGCCACGAGGGAUUGUCAAAGCCUUUCCCAAGAGGAAGAAGGUGAGGGAUGACUCGGGGAAAAGCGUCCCUCCAAAGAUCCCAAAAGAGGAAGGAACAGAGAUACCUGAGGCAGAGUGGCUGAAACCAGUCGCCGCCUACGUGUUGCAAGCUGGCAUCGGCCAAGCCAGGGCAGAGAUCUUUCACAAGCAGAUUGUCCAGAAUGGGGGUGUUGUACACCACCGGCUCUCCUCAGAGGUGACACACGUCAUUGUGGCUGAAGACAUGGACUGUGAUCGGGCCUUUCGGCUCCUUAAAUUAACCAAGCUACCUUCAGGGUUGCAGCUAGUGAAGGCAUCCUGGCUAAGUGCUUGCAUUAGAGACCAAAAGCUUCUGAGUACUGCCGGCUAUGGUGUCUUUAUCCCUCACAGGUACCUGGAGGAGGGAGAACUGCAAAAAGAGCAGCAGCAGCAGGAGGUCCUGGGCAGUGAAGAGAUCCAGCCCCCAGCAGAGGAGGGAGCAGUGAAAACAAAUACUGAAGCACAGGUGGAGGAUUCCUCACAGCGAGACCUGGGCACCCUUGGACAGCAGCAGCUGGCUCAGAAAGUCUCUGAUGAUGAAGACAGUGAAGGAGAAGAUGCUAGUGUCACCCAGGGAGAUCUGGAAGCAUUGAUUUCUGGCCGCUACCCUGUGAAAUCGUCAGAGGAGACCAGUGACAGCUCUUCCGCAGUGACCCAGCCUGCCAGCAAGUGGGUUUGUGCCCAUUCCUCCAACAGCAAGAAGGAGAAUCACAACCAGUACAUCACAGAGAAGCUGGAAGUGCUGGGAAAGGCCUAUUCUGUCCAGGGGGACAAGUGGAGAGCUCUGGGCUACUCCAAAGCCAUCAAUGCACUCAAGAGCUACCACAAACCAGUCACCUCCUACCAGGAAGCCUGUAAGAUCCCUGGGAUUGGGAAGCGAAUGGCAGAGAAGAUCCUGGAGAUCUUGGAUACUGGGCAUCUGCGCAAGCUGGAUCACAUCAGUGAGAGCGUGCCUGUGCUGGAGUUGUUUUCCAACAUCUGGGGAGCAGGGGUCAAGACAGCUCAGCUGUGGUACCAGCAGGGUUUCCGGACACUAGAUGAUAUCCGUACCAAGGCAACUCUCACCAGCCAGCAAGCUGUGGGGCUGAAGCACUAUGCGGAUUUUCUGGAGCGCAUGCCUCGGGAGGAAGCAGCAGAAAUAGAACAGACCGUCAGACAAGCUGCCCUGGCCCUGAAGCCUGGGCUCGUGUGUGUGGCAUGUGGCUCCUACCGUCGGGGGAAGCCCACCUGUGGAGACGUGGAUGUGCUGGUCACUCACCCAGAUGGGCAGUCUCACCGUGGGGUGUUCAGCAAGCUGCUUGACAGCCUCCACAGGAGCGGCUUCCUAACGGACGACCUGGUGAGUCAGGAGGACAACGGUGAUCAGAAGAAGUACCUGGGAGUGUGCCGCCUCCCCGGGCCAGCCCGACGUCACCGCCGACUUGACAUCAUUGUGGUGCCUUACAGGGACCCUGGGUCAACAGCUUCAAGCCUGGAAGGCUGGCUCCUUGUUGGGGGGAAACUGAGGCACUCACGGACUGAUGGCUUCAUGAACAUUAACAGCAAAGCCAGGGAGGGCACCAGGUGUCUGAGCCCAGCCCCUGCCCAGGACUCACUGGGAUGAGGGACCAGGAGGACCUGGCACAGGUACAGCAGAGAGCGAUGCAACGGUCAGUGUCCUGAAGCGUCCCCCAUGGUCUGUUGCCCCCAUCUCCUGCUUGAUCUAUGAGCCCUGGGGUGCAGAAAUCUCCUAUGGGGGUUACACUCUUCCUGCCCUCCUCCAUGGGACAUGUGUCCCUCCAGGUCCCAGACCGCCCACCCCAGUGCACAUGGGCCCUGGGUCACUCACCCCCAUCACAGCAUAUUCUCCAUGUGUUUCAGCAAUAAGCCCUGUUUGUUUUCCUAGCUGGAUUGGAUAACCAGCCCAGCAACCAGCCAGACUAUGGGAGCUGAGUUUUGGGGACAGCUAUAUCAGCUGUCACCCCAAUCCCUGCCUGCAGCAACUGCUGAGGUAGGACCUCAGCACAGCUGUAAACCUGGAUAUUCACGUACCCACCAAGCAGCUGCUUCCCGUCCUGGAAUGAUGCCAGCCUGACCUGCCAGUCUAGGUGGUCUGAGUGGGUUGGGGGGAGCCCUUGGGGAUGCUAUAAAAAAAACCUCCUGCCCUGCUCCUGGCUGCACACCGAGAGAUCUCCACUGCCUGGUGAUAAAAGAGAACAUUUUUUUUUUUUAAAAAAGGAUGAGCAUAAGAAUAAGGUUUCUGACUCCUGAAGCUCUGCAGAGUGUUUGCACAAUGCAAUGAUUCCCUUGCUGUGCUUGGGCAGGACCCGAAUGUCCCCCAGGGGUGGCAGUGCCAUGGCUAAUGUCAUUGGUGUGUCCUGGGCUGGAGUUUCCCUGCCCUGGCAGGAGCACAUCUUUGCCAAGGCAGUGGAGGGGAAACUGGGAACAAACCUGACCAUGGUCCCAUUGCUCAGAGGGCUCCCAGCCCUCAGCUGCACUGCAGGAGCUCACUGCUUGACCAGUUUCCUGAUUCUCCAGAUUUGGCUCUGUUUUUCCAGGAGAGGCUCUCUCUACAGUGAGUUUUCCACGCAGCAUGUGCUGGUUUGGCUGAGGACUCACCCACAGGGUGGCACAUGUGAUCCCAGAGCAGGGCCCUGAGGCUGAGACAGACCCAGGGGUGAAAACUGCAUCCCCAUGAGAUGUCUGCAAAAACCUCUCCCCUAACAUCACCUCCCAGGCAGGGCUGGGGCCAGGUUUUUUUGCAAAUGUUUGUACUGCUGUUGAGUGGAGUUCAAUUCCACUGGUCUUGCCCAGAUUUCAGGUUGAUGUUGCAUAUGUGACACAGCCUUGCUGACACCCUGCCUUUGCUUUCUGCUGGGGAAGGAUGAGAACAUGGCAACCCAUAUCUGUGUAAGCCAUUAGGAUUUUUCCCCGGAGAGCAAUACCUGCCUGCCUGCAGCGGGAAGGGCUCAUUGUUGGUGGGCAAUAUUGCCAAGGGCUGGGGUGCGCUGGCUGCCACCCUCGUGGCCAGACACGCAGGGCUUGGUGAGCCUCUCCUGGCACUGCCUGGCUGUCCUACAGAUGCAAUGGGUCUGUCACGGUCCCACCAGGCUUCCUGCUACUGUUUGCAAGCUGAGGGGUUCACCAAUGUGUGGACCGACACUUGCUGUGCUUUCCAACUGAUAACACACAUUUCGGUUCCCGUUUUCUCAUCCAAGGAGUACUAACUUUGCAAGGCUGCAGUGAAAGCUCACGUCCUUGCCAGCAACCCCUCCCCAAGAUAUUUAUCACAUCCUUCACGUGAUCCAAUGGGGUCAUUUUGCAACAUUGUGAGGGUGAUUUUAAUAUAUUUUAUAGAGUCUUUCUUAGGGCUACGCCAGAUUCAGGCGAUAGCGGCUUGUGGCUUGUACCACCCUUGAGCCCUGGGCACUGAGAGGUGCAGCAUGCAGAGCUCAGCCCAGCUGGGGAAGCACGUUCCCCCGGCUUGAACCCGCUGCAGCAGCAGGAGCUCGGUGCAUUCCCAGCCAGCCCUCAGCAAAGGUGAUUUGUUUGAAAUCAUUUCCACGGCCUCUGUCUUUCUUUUGGCCGCUAGCUUCAGGAGAGCAGGUUAAAUCUAUGCUGCUAGACAGCAUCAGAGGCUGAGCUUCAUUCAGAGGAAGCUGUUGGAAAAUAUUGCUCAGCUCUCACUCUGAACAGGACUAAAAUUAGAUCUGGGAUGUAAAAGCUGAUGAGUCCAGAUAGGUGAGUCCAGCUCCAGAUUAGCAGCUUUUACUACAGAGCUGGAAUGCUCCCACUGAAAACGGUUGCCAUUUGGGAUCAGUUUUGCUCCAGCAAUAUUUCAAGUUUGUCAAACAACUUUUUAAGGCCUGGACAGUGUGGAAGGGGCAUGGGGAGCCAUAAAUAAGUAGGAGCUUUAAAAAACUCCCUGAAAUGAGCAAUAAAUCCCCCAGGACAUAACAGGGAUCACUCACAGAUCCCUCCAGAAGAAACUCACCUCUGCACUGAGAAGAAAAAAUACUUUCAAAAGCAUGGUCAGAGCAGCACAACGCAGUGUCCAGGCAGGGACCAGCCUGCAUCCAAGCCUCCUUCUCCAUUGCCCACGGACAGUGAUGUCCCCUGGCAGGUCCCCGUGCUACCCACUCCCUGUGCCUUGCUGUGUCCUGCCUGGAGUUGUAGGGAUGCACUCAGCAAAGCAAAAGAAAUUGAGAGUCUGAGAAUCAGGUAAAUAACACAUGCUGGAUCCAGCCGUAACCCGCAGCAGGAGACGGCUGCUCUGUGCUGUCCUGUGGGGUGCAGGGGCUGCAUCCCCUUGGCAUCACCCACACCAGGUCUGGUGAGGGCUGGGGGGUGCCCGGACCUUCCCUACAAGUGGAGACGAUGGAAAAACCCCACCAGUGUGGCAUCCCACCAUGUCUGCGAGGUGCCAGCAGGGACGGAUCCAGCCAUGUGGAGAGACCCUGAUGGCAGCGCAACUGCUCCUCUCCGGGCACCUGGACACAAGGUGCUGGUGGGGGUAUCUGCAGCCCACUGAGAUGUCCUGCAAGUCUGUCCACAUCUGUGGAUGCUCUUCAGGUCUCCGAGGAGAGGACAGGGAAUAAUGAGUUGCUGCUUGCACAUCUCCUUCCCCUGCACCCCACUGAAAACACCCAAGGGGGCUGAGGAUGCAGGGUGCGCAGAGGUGGGGAGUGAGACCAGACCUACCUCCUUGCUAGGGUGGUGGGAAGGAGUGAGGGGUGUGCAGGCAGCUGGGUGGGUGUGGGGGCACCCAGCUGCAGCGGGUGGGUGGCAGUAGUGUGGGGUCUGUCAGGAGAAGCGCCUGUGUCCACAGCCCAGGCACCCCAUCCUGGAGCUGUGGGGUGUUCAUCCUCACUGUGCACCCCACAGAACGGGGGGGUGGGGCUUACAGCCCCUUUGCCGAAGUGAGUGCUGGAUGUAGCCAUCUCCCACCCUCGCUGGCAGCUGUGGCCAUCUCCUUGCCACCAAGGGGACAGCAUCGGUGUGCUCAGUGGGUACAGACAGCUCUGACUGCCCCCCCCUGCAGCUGCCUUACCCCACCCCUGUCCCAAAACAGGUCGCUGCUUCUCAUGAGCAUCCCAGGGACCCCUCAUGCCCUGUUCAGCAUCCUCCCCAAUGGUCAUCC